UUGCUUUGGAAGGAUCUUUUAAACGAUAUAAUAAGGAACCACCUUGUUUAAAUAAAUCAAAGUGACCCUGAGAUAAAAGUUUAUUUAUAAUUUGAGCUCUUUGAGCAGGCUGUAAGUUUGGCAUUUCAGCUGUCAAAUCCUUGUCAGAUAUACCUUUCGGUCGAGUUUGAGCCAAUGCAAUAAUUCUGAAAUUUUAAAUAAAACAUGUUAACUUGACAUAUAAACUUUAUACUAUAUUAUAUUAUGCAAUAAAAUAAUUAUGUCAUUUUUUAUUUGGUUUAUUCUAUGUAUAAACAAUAGUGUACAUAACCUAUAAGUCAUAUGAACAAAUAGUAAGUUUUUAAAUAUGUACGAGACUGAAGAAUCUUUGGACAUUGCUGGUAAAAAUUGGAAUAGGGUUAUAAAUGCUGCUAAGAAGAGAAGGAUUAGAAAAUGGAUCAGAUUCUGUCUUUCAAGAAGGUUUUGAUAAAGGAUACGAAGAAGGAUUUAAAAACGGCUUCAUUUUAGGAAAAUUUAAAAGUUUAUUAAAUACUGUACCACAAGUUAAUGAGCAUCCUCAAGAUAUAAAGGAAAUACUUAAUAAAACUAAAAGAGGAGUAUGUAACAUCUGUUUAAUGGAAUCUCAAAAUGUGAACUAUGAGACACAGAAACCAUUUUCACAAGUCAUUGAUGAACAAAGAAACCAUUCUACAGAAGUAAUCCAAAGAUUAUGUCAAUAUUUCCAACCACAUGUGAAAAAAUUAAAUAUUAACGAGUCAAAUGUAUUAGAAAUACCAAAUGAUAUUUCAAAUCUAUCCAAUGAUAAUUAAAUUACUACUCAAUUUGUAUUCUUUUGUAUAUUUUUUUAUUAGUAUUUGUAACACUUUAUGAUUGAAUUGGAAGUAAAGAAUAUUAAUCGAAAUACUUUUA